AUGGCAACGACAACAGAGGCGCCAAAGCGUCCUAAUUUCUUGUUCAUGCUUGCCGAUGACCUGGGCUUCUCUGACAUCGGAUGCUAUGGAAGUGAAAUCCAAACCCCAAACAUCGACCGUCUAGCCGCAGAUGGAAUCCGCAUGCUAAACCACCACACAGCGGCUGCAUGCUCACCCACACGCGCCAUGCUAAUGAGCGGGACAGACGCGCACCUUGGUGGCCUCGGGUGCCUGAUUGAAUCCCGGGCCAGUCCCAAGGGUGGAAAGCGGUGGAACGGUAAGGCGGGGUAUGAGGGAUAUCUGAAUAACGAUGUCGCGACUCUCCCUGAGAUUCUUGGUGAUAAUGGGUAUUUCACAGCUGUUUCUGGCAAGUGGCAUCUGGGUCUGCGGGCCAGUCAAGGCCCUUCGGAACGUGGUUUCCAGAAAGCUUUUGCUAUGCUUCCGGGAUGCUGUAGUCAUUAUGCGUGGGAACCUGUUCAGGAACGGUUCCCCAUGGGUGGGUCGCCGGUGCAUACGGAGGGUGGUGUCAAGUUUGACGUGCCACCAAACACAACCGAAGAUCCGGAAGGAUUCUAUUCGUCUGAUUAUUAUACUGAUCGGUUAAUUGAAUACCUCGAUACCCGAUCUGUGGCCGAUCGAUCGAAACCUUUCUUCGCUUUCUUGCCGUACACAGCUCCCCAUUGGCCGUUACAGUGCUCCAGGGCCCAGCGUGACAAGUACAAAGGCAUGUAUGACGAUGGCCCAUAUGCGCUCCGCGAACGCCGGCUCAAGAAGCUUGCGGAGAUUGGCAUUAUCGAUGAGUCUGUUAUCCCCCACAAGAUGGAGACUAUUACCCAAGGCUCGGGCGAGUGGGAAGAGUUCACACCGGAAGAAAAGCGGUGCUCCAGUCGGUCUAUGGAGGCUUAUGCUGGUAUGGUCGACUCGAUGGAUUACAAUGUCGGCAAGAUCAUUGCGCAUUUGAAGAAGACUGGAGAGUAUGAUAACACUUUUAUUGUGUUCAUGAGUGAUAACGGAGCAGAGGGUGCAGCGUUGGAAGCAAGACCUGUUAUGGGAGAUAACAUCAAGCGCGCCAUCCACAAGUAUUACGACAACUCAUACGAGAAUAUCGGUAACUACAACUCAUUCACAUGGCUCGGACCACUCUGGGCCCAAGCCUCAACCGCUCCGUCACGUCUAUUCAAAGGGUUCCCGUCCCAAGGCGGAAUCCUAGUCCCCUGCGUCGUGAAACCACCCAAAAACACUUUCCUCCCAUUCAACCCAGGCAGCUUCAACCGCUCCUUUAGCACAGUAAUGGACUGGUCCCCAACAUUCCUCGAGCUAGCAGGAAUAUCGCUCCCCCCAUCUUUCGAAAAAGAGAAGCUAAGAGCCCACGAGAAAACGACAGUCAUUCAAAAAAUGACCAAAUUCCGCGGCAAGGAUGUCCACGCCAUCCGAGGAAAAUCUUGGGUCCCAUUUUUCGCUCGAGGACAAAAAGCCGCAGAAGAAGAACUGUGGCAUAUUCAUUCCUCUUCUGAACCUAUCGGUUGGGAGCUGUUUGCCCGUGCAGCCAUGCGCAAGGGUGAUUGGAAGAUCGUUCAUAUUGCCAAGGCGAAUGGUGGUGUUGGGAAGGAUAAUGGUGAUGGAUGGGAAUUAUUCAAUGUGGUUGAGGAUCCUGGAGAGACUAAGAAUCUUGCUGAAGCGUACCCAGAGAAAUAUGCGGAGCUUUUGGCUUGUUGGGAGGAGUAUGUCAAUGAGUGUGGGAUUGUUUGGGGUGAGAAUGCUAUGGAUCCGGGGUUGUCGAUUGAAGAUGCGCCUGAGCUUUGGGAAGAUGAGGUUGAGCUGCAGAAGUGUUGGCUUGGUGCUAAGGCUGGAGAACGUAUUGAGUAG